AUGGGUCCUGUUAUACUUCUUUAUGCUGUGGUUUUGGUGGAUUUCGACAGAGUGAGGAUUGCAGGGGUUGUGAUUGUGUUUCGGAUUGGGAUUUCGGAAUUGAUUGAAAAGGCUUUGUUUGUGCUACAGUUUCAACUCUGGGCAAUUGAUUGCAAUACCUUCAAGUCUCUCUCAACUCUCUGUCAAGUGUCAACUCGCAGCAGCAACAACAGUUUCUUCACUCUCUUCGACUCUUCCUCAAGCUGUGAUUAUGUGAAGCUCGGUGAGACGGUGACUCAAGCUCGGAGAAAUUUUGGGAUCGAUUUCUGGGUUAGAGCUGCUGAGCUUCGGCAAAUACUAGUAGAACUUAGACCGGCGUAUAUCAAAAUCGCUCAGGCUAUUUCGUCUCGACCUGGGAAAAGGAGACUACCAAAUUGAUUAUGUACCAGCUCCACGGAUCACUGAAGCUGACAAACAAAAUGAUAGAAAGUCAUUGCAGAGAGCACUUGACAGAAGACUUUAUCUUCUUAUCUAUGGUAACACACAUGGAUCUCCUAAUGGAAAGCUAGUCUGGCAUUUUCCAGAAAAAGUGUACGAGUCUGAGGAGACAUUGCGGAAG